CCUCCAAGAUGCGCCCAAGGAUCUCAAUGAGGAGUACUUGCGAAUAAUGCGACGAGCCUUCAGGCCUAACUCAUCAAGUAUCCCUUCACAUGUAGUGGAGAAUUAUCGCCAAGUAGUUGGGAUGGUCAUUGCUAUGAAAGGAUCACUCAGUGUUUACAGCAUGUCGCAGCUCUUGGGGAUUGCUGAGGAUGAGUUCUGUGCAAUACUGAAUCCUAUCAGCUCGAUAAUUCAUGUCCCCUCAAAUGAUGUAGACGUCGGAUUCUAUCAUGCGAUGGCAAAGGAAUCUAUCAUGGGAGACCCUAUUGGCGAGGAAGACAAGAUGUUCUUUAGUGAUGAUUCAGAAGGAUAUGAUGUGGACGUCGGAUUCUAUCAUGCAACGGCGAAGGAAUUUAUCAUGGGAGACCCCAGACUCCUUCCCAGUCGCUCACAUGAUUUCUCUGAGGUUUAGCCGCAACUUACGUUGCCUCCGAAAUCUGUCGAGCGACUGGUACAACUUGCAACAUGUGAUGUUCCCACGCUAAGUUGUAAUGAGUUGUACAUAGGUUACGGGAUAUAAUUUUUAGUAUUUAUGCAUGC